AUGUCCUUGUUCAAAACAAGGGUUUUCUGGUCAACGCAAAGCGAAGAUGACGAAUAUUUUGAUCAAAACUCACUCAUUUUGUCAAAAUUAAAUACUGAAAGUGAUUACAUUAUCAGUGGCAGUCAAAGUGGGGUAUUGAGGAUUUUCAAACCGUCCUGUAUUCUGAGCGAAAAUGACAGAAUUAAUGGAUAUGUUGCAACAGAUUUACUGAUUGAAAAAUUGUUCGACUACCCCAUUCUCCAAAUUGGUACUGGAAGACUGGUUUCAGGUUCCCAAAAUGUUCAAUUGGCAAUCCUCUAUCCGAAAUUACUUUCGGUUCUCAACUUUAACGUUAAAAAAGGAAUAACCGAACAUGGUACUCAACAUUCUUUAGAUGAAGUAUAUGGUCAUAUUCUUCAAAAAUCUGCGGCGAGUUUUACGAUUGGUCCAUUCGGGGGAACGCAAAAUAGAGAUUUUAUAUGUGUUCAAUCUCUGGACGGUAUGCUAAUUUUUUUCGAACAGGAGAAUGUUAGUUUUUCCUGCUUUCUACCGGAUUUCCUUUUACCAAGCCCAAUGGCUUACAUAAAGAUGACUGAUAGUUUCGUAACAGGAAAUGGGAACUGGCAUGUGCACUCGUAUAAAUAUAAUUCUCUAUCGGACGCAGAACAAAAAUCGGACCACAGCGUAGUAAGUCCGGGUAAAGUUAUCAGUGAGUGGAGUUACAAUCUUGGAGAAACUAUUUUAGAUAUAUCUGUGAUAGAAGAUGUCAACAGCAAGCAAUCUUCAAUAGUAAUUUUGGGUGAAAGGAAUUUAUUCUGUUUGAAUGAGAAAGGCAAGAUGAAAUUCAUGAAAAAGUUAGAUAAUACUUUAUUAAUAUACAAAAAUACAACGCUCAACUGGUCAACAAAGCUCAAUUUUUCACCAGUUUGUAUAAGGAGAGCAUUUUUUGAACAAGUCGAAGGAGCUCUUGUGCUUCUCUCAGAGGAAGGACGGUUGGAAUGCUGUUAUUUGGGUACCGAGCCCAGUCCAUUCGUAUCUCCUCUUUUGACAACUACUGAACUUGAUUUUGAUAAAGUAGAGGAAGAACUAGAAAAAAUUAAUUCAAUAAUGAAAAAUUCCUAUGGAAAUGAUAUCAAACUAACUAAUCAGAAUACCAAGAAGGAAAUAUCGAUGAAAAUUUUUGUCCACCCCGAAUUGGUCCCUUGCACAUUUGAAAACAACCUCAAGAAUGUAGAAAAUCAGCAAAUGUGUGCCAUUACGAUUGAUGUAAUACCACAAAUUUUGUUCGAAGAAGUUCAAGUGACUGUAUCAGUUUUACCACCACUCAAGGUAUAUCCUAAAACUCACUUUUUCUCAAGCAUUAGUGAGAGAUCUUCGUUUACUUGUUACGCAUUUUUAAAUGACGAUUGUGACGUUCCGAGUUUGAAUGUUGAUGUGGCGGCAACAAUUAUAAGUAAUCUUGGAAUUCCGAGAUGUAUCAGUGAAGCUACGUUUUUACCUCUGAGAUUAGUAUCUGAAAUUGGCGAACCUCAAAAAGACGCUGAACAUAAAAUAACCCUAUUAAUUAAUCAGGCAUCAUUACCAAUUGCAAGGUUGUUUCCAGAAUUCGUUGAAGACACAUCAUUAUCCCAAAAUGCCAGCGCCUUUGCCUUCCAACCUAAAGCCAACAGCGGAAGCACAGUCACUAUUUUGCAAGCCAAGUCCACGGAGAGGUACAGGUUGCAAUCAAACUCAUUAGCAGCCCUCAGUGUGAUCAUUGAGCAGAUGAUUUUCCGCUUGAAGAGACAUUAUUCGAACACAAACGGUUUUAAAGUGUUCUACAAUUCUGCGCUGCCUUCUAAUGAGCUUGUUUUGUAUGUUGAUGGGCACUUCAAGAAGAGACAGCGUGUUAUAGAGUUGGAAGAAUAUUUAUGUCAGCUAAGCUCCCAAUAUAGAAUAAUCCAGAAGAGACUAAUAGCAAAGUUUAAAAUGAAAAAUCCAAGUCCUUUGACAAACUUGGAAAUUUUAUUAGAGGAUACUCACUCCGAUAUAAUUGAAGUUACCGAAAAAUUGAAAAGUGCCAACUUUGAACUCUGCCGAGCUCGAACGAAUCUUUCAUGUGGUUUGAAUUUGCUGUUUAACAUGAUGAAAGUAAUGGACGUGGACAGAAAGUUGAAGGAAAGUUUAGAGUCCGUGUUCUGCCCCAGCGUGCAAGAUUUGGAAUCACAAAAUUGGGAAGACGUCAUGGAUUCUUCUUUAUGUUAUCUCCUCAGAACUUCUUUAGCUAAGUCGGAUAAGGAUACGACAAGAAUGGCCCAAACAAACUUUGAAGAAGUAAAGGACAUCUCAAAAUUGAUGAAACACAUCAACCAGGUUAUAGAAAGAGUUACAAAGUUAGGAAAUGUAGAAAACAGUGAAGAUAUAUCAGAAGGUAACAAUGAAGAAACAGAAACGAAAUAUCAGGAAGAACAAAAAAUAGAAAAAUUAGGCUAG